GUAGGAAACCAGACCAAAAUCAACAUGGCGGCUCACAUGUUCUCAAUUUUUUGCCGUCAGCUGUGCAGGAAUUCCAAGUCUCAGUUGUCGGUCUUGUCAUCAAUUAACCACUGUAAAAAUGGACAAAACAUCAGCUGGGUGCCGAAGGUAUCCCUAAACUUUGCAAAGCCUGUUGCCAUUGUAAACCGAGGGUAUUGCAGUGAAGCAGAGUAUCCAAUCAGUCGUUAUCCUGUUCCUAAUCAGGAUGAACUCCCACAAGAUAUGCAAGAUCUCAUCAAUGAAGUAGCAGAGAAGUCUGGCUUUGUACCAAAUGUCUUCCAAGCACUCGCCCAUCGGCCUGAUGAAUUCCGUGCCUUCUUCAUGUAUUAUGAUGCACUCAUGGCCAAAGAGACAGGAUCCCUCACUAAAGCAGAUAAAGAGAUGAUUGUUGUGGCAACCAGCUCCGUCAAUAACUGCUUGUAUUGCGUUAUAUCACACUCGGCACUGUUCAGGAUCUACUCCAAGAAUCCUACCCUAGCUGACCAGGUUGCUGCCAAUUGGGAGUGUGCAGAGUUGGAUCCAAGACAACGAGCGAUUGUUGAGUUUGCAAUCGCUGUCUGCAAGUCAGAGACAAUCACCGAGGAACAUUUCAAGAAACUCGAAGCACACGGCUUGGAUCGUGAAGAUGCUUGGGACAUUGGAGCUAUAGCUGCAUUUUUUGCAAUGUCUAAUCGCAUGGCUCAUCUUACUGAUAUGAGACCCAAUAAAGAGUUCUAUUUGAUGGGAAGGGUACCCAAGGACAAGAAAUAGAAACAUGAACCUAAUCAAAUCAAGACUGAAAUCGUACCAUCAUUAGAUUCACACUUUUAUUUGUACAAUAACUUACACAGAAUCUAGGAGUGAUGACAUUUAAACUUUAUUCUUCAAAAUUAAGCAUAAAAAAUUCUGAACUUUGCAAAAGUGGUACUUUUGAUCUAGAUACAGCUCGUAUUUGCUCACAGUCCAUUUGAAGUUGUGGUAAUGAUAAAUUAGCUGAAUUCAUUUUUGGAAGAAACUUUACGUCAAAAUAACCUUGCUCUGAUUAAAAAUUGUAUAAUAUCACAGAGUGUAACAAAAAGUAAAAAGUACAUAUGUAUACCAUAAACUUGUAUGAUAUUGAUAUCAACAGGUACCGAAUUUAGACUUUUCGUAGUUUUUCUUCAUCUAAAGCAACCCUAAUACACUAUUUUUUCUAUGUUGUGAACAUUUGAAAUUGUAAAUAUAAAAAUAUAAUGUAUUCAUCUGCAAGAAGCUCAUAUUUUUCAGUCAUACUUUUACACUUUUUGGCUUAUUUUUUGUAGGACAAGCUUAAUACUACAUUGUAUUAAUAAAGUUGUGCUGCUUAAUUUGUCAUUGUUUGGAAGAAAAAGCUUUUCAUUAUGGAUUCAAUCUAGAAAAGUAAUUUACAAAAUAUUUACAUGAUUUUUUACACCUCGAUUUGUCUGCAUUAAUGAGCAUUUUUCUUCAUUCUGAUUUUGUCAUUACUUUAUGCAGUGCUUUUAUGUAGUUCUUUUGGGUUUAUAUUAUGUUUAUUGUUUAUCAACAAUCAACUUUGUGUUUAAUCUAAUUUUUCAUGUAGCACAUUUUGGAAAACCACAUCAAUGCACAUUAGUAUCAAAAGUAUUGCUGUAAACUAUGGUCUACAAAAUAGCAUACACUAAUGAAUUUUUAUGAGUGCAAUGGUAAGAAUAAUUUCAUGAGGUGACAGAUGGAAUGUUCCAUUCCCACGAGGCGAAGCCGAGUGAAAUGAAAAAUUCCAUCUGUCACUGAAUGAAAUUAUUAUUUCCAUUGCAAUAUAAUGAACAUUCUUAUUUGUUUUAUACAAUGCCUGAAUAAAUCCUCGUCAUCCGAUUGGUAACUUGUAAACUGGAACUAUGAAUGUACAGCAUCAGAGCUAUCAGAGCUGUGUUAUAGCGCAACCGAUAGUGUGACAGUGCAAUGGAAGUUUAUUCACCGUGGAAUGGAAUUUCUAUUUUUG